CCGUCUCUCAAGAGCCGACUCAUGAUCUGCUUCCGCUCGAUAUUAGUCGACCAGCUCUCGUCUUCCUGACAUACAUGAUCUGUGACUUCUACUACCACUCAAGGCCUCCUUCACGUCGCUCCCAUGUCUUUCAGAAUCUCUAAAUCGCUAUGGGACAAGAUACACUACUUCGCGUCUUUCCCGCAGACUGGGGUGUCUUUGCAGCAGAUGGUCCUCUUUGGCCAAAAUCCAAGCCAAGGCACUCUGUUGAAAGCUAGUCAGUUCCUCCUCGAGGAGCUACCCAUACGACUUGCACACAGAGUUAGGGAGUUAGAUCAGCUACCUCACAAUCUGAGCAGCAUGCCAUCUAUUCAGAAAGUCAAGCACUGGUAUGCCCAAUCCUUCGAGGAACUGGUCAAAUUUCCGCCAAUUUGUUUAUCCUUGCACCUGCGGGAGGCACUCACGGCUGCAUCUCCGAACCAACUACCAGAAUCCACCCCGAACCCUUCGCUAACAUAUUUUUCGGACGAUUACUUAACGCCCGAUGCUCCUCUCCCGUAUUCAGUCAAUGGCAACGGCAACAGCCAUGGCAGCGCGAAUGGUAAACAUCAAAAGAUGCGGAUACCUAUGGAGCGUAGAUAUUUCGCAAACACUUCCGGAAUUACCUGGCCUCCAGAAGUCCGCGACUACAAUCGGAACUUCACGAAAACUCUGGAGAUGAUCAAGAAACGACAUGACCCAACUGUGACAACCGUCGCGCAAGGCGUCUUGGAGUGGAAACGAAGUUGCAAUGCCAAGAACAUCAAUCUCGACGUCCAGACCUGGCUUGACAGGUUUUACUUGUCGCGUAUUGGUAUCCGAUUUUUGAUAGGACAACAUGUUGCUCUUAACACCCUGCAACCGCACCCAGACUAUGUGGGCAUCAUUUGCACACGAUCAAACAUUCAUGAUAUUGUACACGAAGCCAUCGAGAACGCUAGAUUUGUUUGUGAAGAUCACUAUGCCAUGUUCAAGGGUCCUCCGGUGCAGCUCAUCUGUCCGAAAGACUUGACAUUUCCCUACGUUCCCGGCCACUUGUCGCAUAUUGUCUUCGAACUGCUCAAGAAUUCAUUGCGUGCGGUCGUAGAGCGGUUCGGGCCUGAUCAAGAGGACAAAUUUCCACCUAUCAAAAUCAUUGUCGUCGAAGGCAAGGAAGAUAUAACAAUCAAGCUUUCGGACGAGGGCGGGGGCAUUCCGCGGAGCGCCAUUCCGCUCAUCUGGACAUACAUGUACACCACGAUGGAAGGCCAGAACAUCGACCAGGACUUCCAAGCCAGUGACUUCAAGGCCCCGAUGGCCGGUUUCGGCUAUGGUCUGCCUCUAUCGCGUCUCUACGCUCGUUACUUCGGUGGAGACCUUCGAUUGAUUUCCAUGGACGGCUUUGGAACGGACGUGUACAUCCACCUGAAUAAGCUUUCGAGUAGCGCGGAGCCCCUGCCGUAAGUCGUUGGACGGCUUGCAUUCCCCAAUAUCUGGCACAGACUAGGAAUGAUAUCACAAUAUAUGUCAACUUGCAGUUGUAAUCUAAAUGUACACACAAUGUGUUUUGCCUGGAUAGUCCGCAGCGGUGGCAGUAUUAAGAGGAACCUGGGUCAAUCGCCCAUAUACUAGAUGAGUGUCAAGAAGGUUUACAGGGUCGCCUAUGUCUGUCUGUCACUGUUACUAAUUAUAUUCCCAUCCCACGACCGCUUCAGCGACGGCGGAACAGGGUGGCUCAUCAGGUGAUUUGCCCAAGCAUUUCCGGUCACAGAGGCACACCUCUGGCUGAGCUGAUGUAGGUACGCUGCGCGUGCUUGACCCUGUGUUUGCUUCUCCUCGAUCUUCGCCUCAAUCUCCUCUACCUGUUCCGACAAACGCUGAUUCGCGUACUUCAGCUGCUGUAGCUCAUACUGCCAACCGCUUCCGCGCGCUGUAUCCAACUCCGCAAACACGUCUUCUGUAAGUGGGUGCGCCAUAGCUGAAGUCUGCCUGUCCUGGGUGAGCCUGAUCUGGCACACGAGUGGACGUAUAGUUGUGUGUUCGAGCACGUGCGCAUUCUCGUCCGCUUCCGGUCGGUAGAGUACGACGUCAACAAAUAUCUCCGAGCCAUCCUUCUUCUUCAGGUGGCAUGACAGGCUCGGGCUUCCCGAGGACGCGAGCGAUGGACCUGCGCACGUCUGCUGUAAUGUCUCCUGGACGAUCGCGCGGCCGCGUUGUGGGUCGUCUCCGCCAAUGAAUUCCGUAAUGGACCGUCCAAUAAUCUCAGCAACGCCCCAUCCGAGGACGUCCCGGAUAGCGGUGCCUGCAUAAAGGAACGAGCCACCCUCGCUGAGCAGCGCCCAGCACUCGCGCUCGUGGAUCUCGUCUGCGCUACGUGUGCCAAAGGGAGCCAAUCCCCCUGCUCGUGCGAGGGUCUGCCAAUGCAACGUAGGGAUGCUGCGCACGCGACCGCUCAGGACGAUUGCCUUGCGGCCCUUGCCCGGCUCGACGAAGAGGCGGCCACUGCAUUCUAUCCAAACAUAAUGGCCAUUCUUAGCGAGCAUCCGGAAGAGCAGGUCGACGUUCCGCGGACCAUAUUGUGUUGACGGCUGCUGAGCGGCUUUCCCAUUUGCCUGUUGCUGGACGAUUGGUUCAUCUGGACUUGAUUGAGACAUCGAGGACGUGGCAGAAGUAGAGCCGUUAGAAUAACUCUGCGCAGGAGAAGGCCCGCUUGAAGAUUCCUUGAGUUCGCGUAUGAGCGGAAUUUUAUCCGCCUCAUAGCAGAAUUCUGUGAUGCCCUUGCCGACCAGAUCCUCGGGAUCGUACCCAAGUACCCGCCGUACUGACGGCGAGACGUAGAGAAAGGCCCCCUUCAGCGACAAUACCAGGACAACGUCCGGAGCGGCUUCCAACAGCAUGAGGCUCAGGAACCUGUUGCCGUCAUAUGGAUCGCUUCUCUCCUCCGGCGCAAGCGAUAAAGUGGUCGUUUCAGUGCUGAGUGGGAUGCUCUGAACGAACUCGAGGCUGUUCAACAUCGUUCGGAACUGCUUUGAAACACCCGUUGUCGCGGACGAGCUUGCCGUGCAGCCCUUAGACGUCGUCGGCGACGGGUAUGCGACAUUGUUGCUAUAGUUCACCAUGUAGCUUCCGUCGCGCAGUUUCUGCAGGAUAGCGUUUGGCUGCGCAGUCAGGUCAACCUGAAAGCCGACUUGGUAGACGACGUCCUCCGCUUCGUAAGGUGCGUUAUUGACACCGCCAGGGACAGGUAUAACCGUCACCAGAUUGAUGAACGCAUCGCCGUUCUUCCGAUAGUUAUAUAGGCUGACUUGGCACUCUUUGUCUGCGACAAGGGACUUGCGUAGGUGAGCCACGGCGUCAGGCGAUGUGUGGAGGCGCGGACCGCCUUUCUCAACUUGACCACCCGGGGCUUGCAGAAACCGACAGUUGCGGCCAAGAAUCUCGUCUUCCUCAUAUCCUGUGAGUUCGCAAAAUGUACGGGAGCAGUAGACAAUGGGGUGGUCAUAUCGCCGAACGUCGACGACGACGAAUGAACAGGUCAUGUCCACUGGACCCAAUGCAAUCUUGGGAUGCGGACGAGUGGCGACGCGGGCAAGUAGAGGGAGGAUGUCAAAGCCAGAGGUAGAAUACACGGGUAGACCGCCCACAGGAGACAGAACAAAAGGGACGGAGACCGGUAAUCCAGGAGCAUGGGCGGUGCGUAGAUGUGAUGCAUGUGCUUGCGGUGAAACAUGGUGGGAGGUCGGAGUCGAUAAUGAAAGCUGAGGCUUCGAUGUCGGUUCGCUGGAGCAAGAUGUGCUGUUCGGCAGCGGCGGAUGGUAUGGUGGCAUGACCAACGCCUGAGAGAGCGAAGAAGCGUUUUGCGACACAAAACAUCUGUUCGGAGUUGAAGAGAUAUGCGCUCUGCAGUGACCAUAAAACUCACGAGUCAUCGGUGAACGAUCGAAACGGCACACUUGCCAGCCAGCUAGAUGCGAUAGACGGACGGUUAACAAUUCCUGCAGGUAAAACUUCCAUGCCGCCGCCUGGUGGAACAGUAGGUCCUAGGACGAGCUGGGGCAUCUGGAAUGGGACAUUGUGUGAAAAUAUUGUGUGGUCAUAGCCGUAGGAAUCUGGUCUGGCUGAGACGCUAGGCGGCACGCCAAAAUCCGGAUAUGCGGACACAGGAGGCGGUUCAUGAGGAUGCGGGACCUGAUUAUUUGAAUCGCGGUCGGGGCUGUAGUGUAUGUAGCGUUCGAAUGGCAUACUAGCUGUGAGGAAUCAAGUUGAGCGGAGUGACGAGUAUCUCGGAGCUCGGAGCUCGGAGGUUUCAAUGCGUUGUCUUGGCGAGCGCUGAGCAAAUUGGAACGGGGACGAAAUGUGCGACGAGGAGUUUGGCCCGGAGAGGGCAAAGGAUGAUAUGAGGAGGACGGGCGUUGGCGAGGUCUGGUUGCUCAGCUGGCCACAAAUUGGGUGACAAGAAGAAGCUGGAGUGCGUGUCGGGGAUAAGACGCCAAAGAUACAGCGAGCAGGCUCUGAUAUGGACGAGACUGCAUGCGGAGGAGUAGGUGGGUUCGGAGUGCGGCCGUACUGGGGCUAGACGGAGGUAGUGUAGGACCAGUGCCGAGGAGGAGAGAUUGCGAGUACGGGAGGAGAAGAUGGGGGUCCCUGGCUGAGACGGUGAGGACGACGACGAUCAAUGACGGUGACGGUGAGGGGGACGAGGACGACGACGGGGAAGAGGGAUUUGCACCCGGUCGCUG